UUAAGGUCAACGUUGACCCAUCAUCAACCAAUAACGUCUCACUCUCUAGACCAGGUUUAUCGCACUAGCUAAAAGCUCCUUCACUCUUGCAAGUUUCUCUCGUUACCUAGCAUUGUUCUUAAAUUCCGAUCAUCGCUAUCCGAUCCUACAGUUGAUGUAAUCGGAUCCCUAGAUCAACAUAUAUAGUUUUCAUUUAUUCUGUCGGAUCCAAUCGGUCGAUCGAGUUUCUUCCGUUGGGAUUUGGUGGUUGUUUUCUAGUAAUUUAGGGUUUGAAGUGCAUCGAACAAUGGUGCCUUCACUCCAGUUCUCCACUCUCCCUUGCGUUACCUCUUUCUAUGGUAGCAGUUCACGUUCUUAUCAUCUGAAACCCCGUCUUGAAAAAGGUGAUCGUCGUGGUAAUCUUAGUUAACACUCAGCCUAUUAUUCGUCCUUUUCCGUCUAAUAAGCAUCUGUAGCUUUUGCCCUGUGUAAUCUUCUCAAUCUAUCUUCCCCUCUCGUUUUUCGAUUUUAUUACCAUAUUCUGCCUCUGAUACGGCGAAAUCGCUCUCCUCGCUCCGCCUCGAGGUAUCCUGGACCGUUUGAUUCAGGUGCGUGUUGAAGUUUGGAUUAAACGCAUCUUAUUUAACGAAAAAGGUACAUAUCGUUACAUAUUUACAUAUUCCUCUUUCACUUUGACGCAUUGGGCUGAUCCCCGUGUAGAUGUUGCAUUUCUGAUAGAUUUACAUCACAUGUGUAUAUACAGUGGAUUCACAUUCUCUGUGUCAGAAACAAUUCCUAUAAUGUUUCAUUUUGCGUACAUGUUUUCUUAGUUCUUGUCCCAUUCACUCAUUUGCUUGCAAACUUCAGUUUAAUGUUAGAUUCAGUAAUUAAGUAUUUUUUUAAUUGUUGUGAUUCCAACUGCUGAUCUGCAUGUUUAACGAUAUUUAAGAUGAAAGUCAAAACAAAUUAUACUGUAACAUGCUGUUAGUAUUCUGGGCAAUGAAUUGAAUUGUGUAUGUCUGCAUUAACAAGCUAAAGGCAAUGAACAAUGAGCCCUAAAACAGAAUUGGUUGUUCUUCCGAAUCAACAUGGAGGUACUUUAAUGUGCAGCUGCAAACCAGUGCCAAUGGACAUUGAUGUAUCAACCUCUGUUGAUGUAAACAACUGCCAUGGAUUGUAUAUAUACACACCUGAAUCCACUCAAAAUCUUUCUGUGGAUAAACUCGGGAACAAUGUCACUCAGUUUCUGAAUGUCCAAGAUGACAAAGAUGGGGUUCCAGGCUGUAAACCACCACACGGAAAAUAUGAGAAGUAUUUCAGCAAUCCAACAACAUUUAUUUGUUCAAUCGAAUCCACUCUCUCUCCAGGAGCAUCUGUAGAAGCCAUAACUGUCAAUGAGCCUACACCUUGUGACAACCUUAAAUCUGUUCAUCCAACUUGCUCACAUCCUCCAUCUUUGCCUACUGCCUGGAAGCCUGUGUCAGCCAUGAAAGGUAGCAGAGAGAAACGAGGAGUGACCCCACCUCAAAAACUGACAGUUAAGUGGGCCCCAGACGUCUAUGAUCCAGUCCCCACCUCAGUUUCCCACACGGUAACAAACAGAAACAACAGGCCUCAAAGACAAACCAAGAAAAACACAGAAUCCAAACAGAAGAAUGGAAACAAGUCAUCACGUGGAAGUGGAAGUAAAUACAAAGACAAAAAACAAGGCCGGAAGCGUGGUGGUGAUUCUUCCACUGCUGGUUUCAAGCCGCCUGAGCAGGAGGAGGAGGUGAUGGGUGAUGGUGAUUAUGGCCUGCCGCCACCAGCCACCAUGGAGUUUCAUGUCGGAAAUCCAGAUCAAUUCUGUGGGACCAGCUUUCUGAAUAGGUAUGUGUGGGUGGACUUGUAUAAUUCUAUAUUAGUGAAAAAUAAAGGUAAAAGUUUGGCUAAAUGAUAGUGCAAUUAGGUUGGAGGGUGUGGUGCCACAAGAACUACACUCCCUCCUCUGCCACAUAGGUGUCAUGUGUUAAUUUUACCACACAAAGUGUUGUUCUUUGCCACACACUAGGUGUGAUAUGAGAGAGAAGGAGGGAGGGAGCCAAGACUCAAAAGGACCAAGAGGACGAAGACUCAGUUAGACGUGGGUGAUGAGGUUUGGCAGUGAAAUAAUAGCUGCUUGCACAAGUUUAAUCAAUGUUUUAAAAUCCGGGUCAGGUUGAUUAUGAGCAGGUUUUUGGUUUAACCAUUGACAAGAAAGUUAUGCUUUUCAAUGUUUGAAUUUUUUGGACAUUAAUUUUUAGACUAAAAUUUUUCACUCGAAACAUCACCACACAAAUACGUAGACAUCCCGUCUUGGUCAAUUGCAUCUUGAAAAGUUGACAAGUACGCUAAAAAUACAUUUGAAAAACAUGUGUGUGUAUAUACAUAGUUUUAAAUGUAUGCAUGUAUGUACGUAUAAUAUGAAAGAAAAUUUUGAAAAUCUUAUUGAUUUGACUACA